ACUUUGAUAUUAAUUUUGGUAAAAAUUAUCCCCAUCGGAAGGCUUACGUUAAUUCAUUCCAAUGGCACCCACACCACCAAAAUCGAAUCCGUCGUUGCCGGCGCUGGUGAGCAAAAGUCCGCGGGCGGAGCUAUCAUUCACAAUUCAGUUGCUGUCGGGAAGGGCCGUGGUGAUGGUGGAGUGCCCGGGGUAUGACACGGAGCUGUUCAUACCGCAGAUUGUCAAAGACCGGAUCACCCUCCAAAACAUUAUGCUGAAUAGACGGUGCUGCAGUGAGUCCAGCUUGACCACAUACCCAACCGUUCCACCUGUGAGCAGUGGUCCGCCGGUGCGAGCACCGAAGAGGAUGAUUUCGUCUACACAACCACCACCUGUGGCAAGGAGCACUCCAACUUCACUUUCUGUUCGUCGAAUCCGCGCUGCCAACAAAACCGUUGAGCUGACACCAGAGCCAGCGCGUAGCCCAGCAAUUCCAACUUCACUUUCUAUGCGGCGAAUCCGCGCUGCCAACAAAACCGUUGAGCUGACACCAGAGCCUGCGCGUUGCCAAGCAAUUCCAUUCGAAUCCGAGAUACAGGACGUAUCUCUUCAUGUAAACCAGUCCUAUUCGAACUCCAGCUUAGAAUCCCCUCCUCCGCUUCUGCCGCCUGAAGUGUUGAGCAUCACAGACGCGAUGAUGAGUGUGUCGAGCACACCCAACUUUAAUUUGAACGCAAGCCCACCUCUGACAAGCUCAAUGCGGGUGAAGCCGCCGGUGCGCACUUACGCGCGUCGUAAGACCAACAAUAUCGGCAAAGCCAAGACGCCGCCGAAAUGGUCGCCGGUGCAAAACAAGAAACAGCAACUACUAUCUGCAACGAGGGGUCCAAAUCCGAGCAUGCAUAUAGAAGUGCGCAGGCGGAACUUCCUUGAGGACAGACACAAGACUAUUGAGCCCUACGACCUGCAAAAUACUAUCAGCUCGCCUGUUGUCCAAAAGGAAAUCAUCCAAAGGCAGGUCACUGCCAAGACAAAACAACAGUUUGAUGCGCUGAAAAUCACUGCCUUCGAUCUGCUGACAACGUCCGCCCAAGGGAAGAUAGCCGAAGAGUUGGUCCAACAGUUUCAGGAGGCCUGCAUAGAUAGGCGUUCCUCCACAGUGCCCAACUACAUACAGCUGUCCGGCAGCCCUCAGCUGCAACUAGACCACGAGGUGAAGAAUUUGCUGGCAAGACAAAAGCGUUUAGAUUAUGUACAUAAAAAGCCAUUGAAAUGGAUGAAGCGCAUGUGAUUUAUUGCCGCUGAUU